UCCAGGAAGUGAGAGGAAAAAUGGCAGAGAGAGGAGUUCAUCUGAACAAAGAAAAAAUCUCCUGUUCCAUCUGUUUGGAUUUACUGACGGAUCCGGUGACUAUUCCCUGUGGACACAGUUACUGUAUGAACUGUAUUAAAACACACUGGGAUGGAGAAGAUCAGAGAAGAAUCCACAGCUGCCCUCAAUGCAGGAAAGAGUUCAUACCAAGACCUGUACUGGAGAAAAACAUCAUGUUAGCUGAUUUAGUGGAGGAUCUGAAGAAGACUGGACUCCAAGCUGCUCCAGCUGAUCACUGCUAUGCUGGACCUGAAGAUAUGGGCUGUGAUGUCUGCAGUGGGAGGAAGAGGAAAGCUGUCAAGACCUGCUUAUUAUGUCCAGCUUCCUACUGUGAGAAUCACCUCCAACCUCACUAUGAUGUUCCUGGAUUGAAGAAACACAAGCUGGUGAAUCCAUCCAAGAACUUCCAGGAGAGCAAAUGCUCUCGUCAUGAUAGGGUGUUGGAAAUUUUCUGUCGUACUGAUCAGCAGUGUAUCUGUUAUCUCUGCUUAAUGGAUGAACAUAAAGACCAUGAAACAGUCCCAGCUGCAGCAGAAAGAGCUGAGAAGCAGAAGAAGCUCCAGGAGAGUCGACAACAAAUCCAUCAGAGAAUCCAGGACCAAGAGAAAGAUGUGAAGCUGCUUCAACAGGAGGUGGAGGCCAUCAAUGUCUCUGCUGAUAAAGCAGUGGAGGACAGUGAGAAGAUCUUCACUGAGCUGAUCCGUCUCCUCCAGAAAAGAAGCUCUGAUGUGAAGCAGCAGAUCAGAUCCCAGCAGGAAACUGAAGUGAGUCGAGUCAAAGAUGUUCAGGAGAAGCUGGAGCAGGAGAUCACUGAGCUGAAGAGGAAAGACGCUGAGCUGGAGCAGCUCUCACACACAGAGGAUCACAACCAGUUUCUCCUCAACUACCCCUCACUGCCAGCACUCAGUGAGUCUACACACUCAUCCAGCAUCAACAUCCGUCCUCUGAGACACUUUGAGGACGUGACAGCAGCUGUGUCAGAGCUCAGAGACAUAAUGCAGGACGUCCUGAGAGAAACAUGGAGAAACAUCGAACAGGCAGUCACUGAAGUUGAUGUUCUACUGUCAGAACCAAAACCAAAGACCAGAGAUGAAUUCUUAAAAUAUUCACAGGAAAUCACUCUGGAUCCAAACACAGCAAACAGAUUACUGUUAUUGUCAGAGGGGAACAGAUAUGUAGAAUCAACUGACCAACAACAGUCUUAUCCAGAUCAUCCAGAAAGAUUCAUUAAUAGUUAUCAGGUCCUGAGCAGAGAGAGUCUGACUGAACGUUGUUACUGGGAGGUGGAGCUGAGAGGCAGAGGAAUUGUUGUAGCAGUUUCAUACAGGAAAAUCAGCAGAGCAGAAGCAUUUGGACUCAAUGACAAAUCUUGGUCAUUAUAUUGUGACUCAGACUUUUACAUAUUUCACCACAAAAACAUUAAAAUUCCAGUACCAGGUCCAGUUUCCUCCAGACUGGGAGUGUAUCUGGAUCACAGAGCAGGUAUUCUGUGUUUCUACAGCGUCUCUGAAACCAUGACUCUGAUCCACAGAGUCCAGACCACAUUCACUCGGCCUCUACGUGCUGGGUUUGGUAUUUACUAUUAUGGAUCCUCUGUUGAAUUCAUUAACCUGUAUCGUCAGCAGUGUUCUGAGGUCCAGUUGGUUAAAAACAGUAUUUUAGUUUCAGUUUCUGUAGUUUCUAUCAUUGUUGCUGAGAGCUUCUCUGCUCAGAGAUCAAGUGUUUCUAUGGAGAUACGUUUUCAUUUUGUUUGUUGUUUUGUUGAUGUUGGAGUUUGUCUGGGUGCUGCCCCUUCCUGUUUCUGUUCAGCCAUGGAGACAAUCACUGCUCAGGGGGAUUUUUUCCACCUAAACUAUUAGUUAUAUUCAUAUUUGUUUUGUCAAAUCAAAUGUUGCAUAUUCAGGUCUGCUGAUGGAAACUGUAAUUAUCCUCAUUAAUCAAGAGAUACGUUAGUAUUUUAUCACACAGAUCAGAUUGUGGGUCAAACUGAUUGUUGAAAUGAAAAGAGCAGAUAUGUGGACAAAAAUAUAAUCUUAAGGUUUUGUGGUUUAUAUUUUAUUUUGUGUUGUCAAGUGAUAAUAUUCUGAAAGUGAAUUGUUUUAUGCAAUGGUGUUUGGCUGCAAAUGUUUUGGUAAUUAGGAACUUAAAAUCUCUAGAAAUCAUUUAAAUCGGUUCUGGCUUUGGCUGAAAUGGGAUUAUUUUAUUUACUAUGUUUUCAUGAUAUGA